AUGAUCCGUACGGCAUCUGCAGAUUAACGGUCUUAAAUAUAACAUCCGACAUAUGAAUACCGGCCUAUCACCCUUAAAGGUUUAGUUUGUUUAUUAUCUUCAUAUUUCACGUGCUGCCCUUGUCCCUUAACCCCCUAAUCGGCAGUAGUCCCCCACCACUGAUGAGCAACUCGGUAGUGCACGGUUUAUAGAUUGAAGUUUCGACAUUUUAUUACGCUCUCAGCUCUUGGAGCGCGGGUACCGGCGAGCGAUAGCGCUGUACGCGCGCGAAAUAUGUUUGGUGUUUAUGUAUUUCUGAGGUUAAGAACGUCGUGAAUACUGCGUAAAAGUGAGUUCGUACGAAAAGUCCUGGAAAAAUGAAUUUCGUGCUGGAGCGUGUGUACAGGGAGGGGACGAGUAACCCGGAGAAAUUUAUUCUCACCAAACGCGGCCGGUCUUAUACUUGUGGUAGAGGCAAGGAAAAUCAUAUCAUAUGCCUAAGUAUGGUCGUGUCUCGUAAACAUUGCAUUUUUUUCCAUAGCAAUGAUGGCUUGUAUGUCUCGGAUCUACAGAGUUCAAAUGGCAUUUACAUUAAUGGCAGCCUACAGCGAUCUCUUCAGAUGAUCAGACUGUGUGAGAAUGACCUCGUUGGAAUUGGUUGUGCCGACCUUACAAUAGGAAACAACGAUAAUUCGUUAUAUGUGUAUAAAGUUAACAUUAUUAAGCCUCUUGAUGAAGAAGCGGAAAACAGCAUUUUAGCAAAGACACUUUUAAAUAAUGAUGUGCUGAAGAGGCCGUCUAGUUCAGAGGAUAGUUCUAGGCAGAGGUGUAGUUCUAGCUCAAUGGACUGUGAUAUGCCUGUGCCAUGCAAAAUGCCCAAGUACGAGGACAAUUCUGAUAAUUGUAGAGUUAAUCAUACAAGAGGGACGAAUCCUGCUGAUGAAAAUAAUCGAGGCUCACACAGUAGUAAGAACAAUAAUAACAAUGUAAUGAAUUCGACAGAAGUAAAGUCUGUAGAUAUGGAUGUAGACGACGACAUUGAAAUAAUUCAUACGUCGUUAGUAAACAGAACGAAGGCAGGGUUCAACGAGGGCCGCAACAAUCCGAUAGGAAACGUAAACAGCAAUUAUAAGCCGAACUCUGCUACGUAUCAGUGUUGCCCGGAAGUGCCAAAGAAUUGCAAGGAAGAGAUAAUGGAUUUUGACGUGAAUGAUAACGAAAAUAAUGACAGUGACGGAAAUGUGAACAAGAUAAAUAUCACGGAGAAGGCAUCAAGUAGUGUCAAUAAUGAUGUUAAUUUAGCAAAAAGUCCUGACAUUAUAUGCAUCAAUGAUCAGAUGAUUAAGCUCGAGGACGAGCUGCAAAUAACGGAUGAAGAAGGAGCGCAUGCGGAACCCAGCACGAGCAAAACGAUUCCCGAUGGGACGCCGUUCAAGCUGAGGAAGGUGAAGCAGGAGGCAAGGACGCGAUUCUCGGAGAUCGACGUCGUCGAUUUGAGCGACGACGAGGACAGCGUGUUCCCGUAUUCUCAGUUGUUCGACAUCGGAUACGAAAAUGAUGCGGAAAAGAGGAUUGAGAUCAAGCAAGAGUGUACGGACGAGCAGAACAACGAGAAAAUUGGCCUGUUGAGUGUAGACGAUGAGGUGAUCAUUUUGACGGACGACGAAGAUGAGGAUAAUCCAUGGCUAGAACGGUUAUCUAGGAGCCAGCUGCUCAACGAGGACAAUAAACCAGAGAUAGAGAAUAAACCAGUGGUUGUGAAGGACGAGAUUGAUUUGGAAAUCUGGAACAACGAAAUCUCGAGUAUAUUGCAGUCUGAUGAACUAUACGCUCUCAAAGAGAUUGAUACUAAACAGACAUCUGUCGCGUCACCCGCGAGCGAGAAGGACGAUGCUAGGUGCAAGGAUACUAAAAGCGCCGAUUCUCCAGCAGCGAAUAUUAUGGAACCGAUGGACGUAAGCAAUAUCGAUCCUUCUAAGAAAAUUAGUUUGGGAAAGACCGAGAAAGACGAUGCUAGGUGCAAGGGUACUAAAAACGCCGAUUCUCCAGCAGCGAAUAUUAUGGAACCGAUGGACGUAAGCAAUAUCGAUCCUUCUAAGAAACUUAGUUUGGGAAAGACCGAUAGUGCGAGUCAACAGAAAACAGACGCGAAACACAUGGAAUUGGGCAAUCAAAAGAAACCAGAUAAUCUAACGAUAGAACCUCGUAAUGCAGUGAAGGAAUCUGAUAAUAUAAAAGAAACCGAAAAUUUAACGAAAGAACCAGAGCCCUUAUUGAAAGAAGUGAAACACGUUAAUGAUUUAAUAAAAGAAUCUGACAUAACAAAAGAACUGGAUAAUAAUCUAAUAGAAGAACAUUAUGUGUCUAUAGAGAAUGCGAAACCGAAGUCUGUUACAAGGUGCUUCGUUACAACAUCAAAAAGGUUGAUUCCGGUAAUAGAGCCGCUAAGUUUGCCUGUGAGGAGGAGGAAUACUAGUCGGGUUAACGAUAGUAAAGAGAAGCAAAAACGAACGGAAGAGAAACCACAGUCAAAAAAAUCAUCGCCAACAAAAAAGAAGGCAUUACAAACGUUGAAGGAUCAACUGAAUGAGAGUUUCUACGGUAAACGUAAGCGUCGUAAAGACGCACAGAAAUCAGCGGCUGACGCUCCCUCAACGAGCGAGGUGAAACCUGGGACAUCGUUCAUUUCAAAGGAGGAGAAAAAAAUGAUAAUCGAGAAGAGAAAGGCGAAACUGAAAGAGAUCGCCGAGGAGAAGAAGAAGCUGGCCGCUGAAAACAACAAAGUCGUGAAACGUGUGAUUGCUAAGCCGAGAGCUAAAGUAUCGUUGAAAAAUCGGGGCGACUUUCUCAUCUCUGAGGGAAAAGUUGCUACGUCUAAACCGCUUCCGGAUAAAUCUGCAGAAAAUCUACCGUCAAAAUCAAGUGACAAUCAAUCCGAGAAGCGAUCAACGAAGAAAGCUGAGACGCUGGAGAAGCGCGCAGCGUCUGACACGAAUGCACAGGAAUUGCAUCAGCAGAAGAAUUAUUCCAACAAAACAGUCAGCAAUAUCGCCGCGUCGUUAGAGCAAUCCUUACAUUUGGAUAAUACCGCGAGCACUAUUGAAGUCACUAAGGAGAAUAAUAAUAAACAGGAGCAUAAAACAAACAGAGAAAAGAGAUCUAGCAGUAGCAGGGGAAAGAAGAAGCACGAAACCGCGAGCGAUUGCGGCGCAAAGACGCCCGAAUCACGGAGCAAGUCUACCGAGCGCGCGUCCAUUUUAGUGCAGAAGGAGAACUUCUCGCCGAACAGGAAAAGCGCGGACAAAUCGAAACUCGUGCGUGAUCGAACGAAGACGAGGGAAUCGAGCAAGCAAAAGAAGACGGUUCGUUUCUCCGAUAACGUGGACAUCCAAUACUAUGAGGUCGAAGCGAAGAAUCACAUGAAGAAAUUGGUGGGCAAAGACGCGCCUAUACCCACGAAUAAAUUAGCGAGGACACCGCCGACGACGAGCGUGCAUUGGCAACGCCCGAAGCUGGAAGAGUUCCUGUCGCGUAUUUUCUUGUGGAAUCCCGUGUGGCUCGAGGAGCAACGCUACUUGAAGUGUCUGCCGCCAAUCGUGUCGGACCGCGAGCUCCAGCCUAUGAAGCAGUGCUACGGCUCCUACCAGGAGUACUACAUGGUCGCGAUGCCUCUUCUCUUGCUCGAGAUCUGGGGUACCAUGAGCAAAGAUUUUGACGAUGUUGAGAAGAACAUGCAACGCACCACCGCGGUGUGUUCCAUAGUUGAGAACUCUAUCACGCAUACCCCGGUACCGUCGACCAAUCUGUUCCUGACCACUCUGACGAUCGAGGUGCUAGUCGAGAAAGAAGACUUCAAAAAGCAGACGCAUCCGAUUUUCGGAGAUCUCGUGUCGUUUCAAUACGCCAAGAACGGAAGCGGCAGGCAAAGCUUUCACAGGGUGUUCGCGUACGUCGUCAAUAUGCAUGAGACUGUCAUCACGGAUUUCACGCAUUACAACAAAGAUCUAAUCCCCUACGUCCAGAGACCGUAUGCCGUGAUAAGAUACACUUUACUGAUGCGAUUACUUGAGCAUGAUAUUGCUGUAAACAGGGUGCACAGGGUCCGUACAGUUACUUAUCUGCGUGCAAGCAUCAGAAUGGUGCAGGCGUUGCAGUACCUUCCUCAAUCGCCUCUACUGAAUUUAAUUCUGAAUCCGAGAAUCGCGGAUUAUCAAUUACCGCCGAUGUGUGACACAUUGACUGCCUCGAAAAUCACUGAGAAUAAUCUCAACCCGAAACAAUUAGAGGCAGUAUACAGAGUGUCAGAAACCGUGUUGAGGAAGGAAGCGAAGCUGUGCUUCAUUCAGGGACCACCGGGAACGGGCAAGUCCAAAGUCAUCGUGAAUCUAGUGCCCCGGAUACUGUACGGCGGCCAGCAGGAGAAAGCAUUCAAGAUCCUGGUUUGCGCGCCGUCCAAUGCCGCUACUGACGAGAUCGUAUUGAGACUUUUGGCUGUUAGGUCUGCUCUCAAAGGGAGAAGAUUCAAAAUGGUGCGCAUCGGUCGACCGGAGUCCAUGCAUCCAACGGCUAAAAGUAUCUCCGUCACGGAACUGGCGAAGCGAUACAUAAUGUACACAGCUAGUCAGACCAACGAGAGUGAUAUGAGGGAACUGGAAGCGCGAAUAAAUUCCUUUGAAAACACGUUCGCGAGUUCUUACAGGAUAAAUGAGAUGAAGAAGAUAGAAAUGGAAAAGAUAUCGAUGAAAUGUAAGAUUCGGCAGCUUAUGGAUGGUAAAACGUGGGAGGGGCUCGAGUCGAAAUUUCGCGCCAAGAUCCUGCGCAUGGUGGAGGACAUGAUCCUCAAGGGUGCCGACGUGAUCACCUGCACGCUGUCGUCAUGUUACACCAAUCAGAUGGAAUCGGUCUUCGGUAGUUACGGUAACAGGAUAUCCGUUUGUAUCGUUGACGAGGCGACGCAGAGUUGCGAGGCGGAGACCUUGAUACCGCUGAUGCUGGGUGUGAACACGUUGGUCCUAGUCGGCGACCCGAAUCAGCUACCGGCGACUAUCUUGAGCCAGCAGGCGAAGAAGCUGGGAUUGGACCAGUCGGUAUUUUCGAGAGUACAGAGCGUUUUCGCACCCCAGCCGCACACUCCGAUAAUAAUGCUGGACACGCAGUACCGUAUGGAUUACGCGAUCUCGUACUGGCCGAAUAAGUACUUCUACGGUGGCAAAUUGAAAAACUCCGCGCAAACGAGAAUGCGAUUCCCCUUCUAUUCCUACAGAGUACUGAAUCACAAUUCCGUGCAGAACAAUGACAAGUUUUCUAACACCACCGAGGCGGAAUUCGUGGCCAAUAUCAUAUUUAGUAUGCUGGCGUUCGCCAAGUGGGACAAUCUAGGCGAGAACGCGUCCAUUUCCAUUGGUGUCCUCACGCCGUACACUAUGCAGAGGGCCCUUGUGCAAAGUAAAAUUACGGAGAAAAUAUCUCCUCUGCCGGAAAGCCUGAAGAAGAAAAUUAAUUUUGAAGUUAAUACCGUGGAUGGUUUCCAAGGUCAGGAACGAGAUGUUAUAAUAAUGUCCUGCGUCAGAAGUCACGGUAUCGGAUUUCUGUCGGAUAGGCAGAGACUCUGCGUCGCUCUCACCAGAGCUAAACACAGCUUGAUACUGUGCGGGAAUUUUAAUACGUUCAUGAGGGAUCAAAUGUGGAAUGCGCUACUAGCUGAUGCACGGUCUCGGGGGAUCUUGUGCAACAUCGACGCUCAUGCAACACCUACUAACAUUAAACAAUGUAUCGUUAAAUAGAACAAUCUGUAAUGGAGAUAUUUCAUAUCUAGCAUCAUAGAUAUAAUGUUGCGAGAACAGCUGCUUUUUUUAUACCUUUUGUACAUUUUGUAAAUAUCUAGACUAGUCUAAAUGCAUUUAAAUAUAUUGCUUUAUUUCGAAGAAGACACAUAUUCUUCCCGAAAAUAUUAUUUCUUAUAAGUAGCGUCUCGCAUUCGUGUCUCGUGAAUAGUGAUGUGCAUAAUGAUAUAUAUAGAUCAAGUAUCUUUUCCCCUCUGACUACAAGUAACUAUGAGUAAUAGAUUGUAAAACUUUCUGUUUUCUUGUUAAUGCGGCAUUAUACUUUGCAGAAAAAUGCUUAAUCUGUAUGUAUCAUUCUUCUGUUUUUGUAAUUUGUUACUUGUUUGUAAACACUUUUGUAUUAAUAUAAGUUUGUAUGGAAAUCGUGUGAUCUUAUUAGUCAAAGUAGCUUUUGAUUUUAAACUGAACUGUACUGAUCGAUGCUUUCUAUCAAAUGUUCUAUCAAUGUUUUACUGACACAACAUGCAUAAAAUAACUGGGAUGUCUACUUAAAUACGAUAAUAAAUGUUUAUUUUUCUCACAUAUACUGAAUGUAAAAGUACAAAGUUCUUGUUAGUAUAAUAAAAUACAGUGAUCAUUGUCAUUA